AUGUUCCGUCUAUUAUUGAUAGUUAUUUCUUUUUUUAAUGUGAACGGCCAGCUGUGCGGCGUCGGUGACAGAUUGGACUUAACAGAUUCCGAAACAUUCACAGACGGCUCAAUAGUCAAAAACGGAAUACGUUUCCCGCCAAAAUAUGUUUUCUCGCAAAACGUGAGCGGCGAAAUAAAAACUUUCGGAUGUCCAUGUGAAUUCAAAACUUGCUAUAAAAAGUGCUGUCCGCUCGGGAAAGUGUUCCAUAAGUCCGAAAAUGCAAGCGGCUGUGUGGAAAUGUAUGAUGUUUUGCAAAGUGCGGGGAUGAGAUUGCAUUUCUUUGAUAAUUAUAAGCGGAGUGUUGAUUUGGCGGGAAGUGGAGAAUUCGUGUUAUUAACUGGUAUACCCUGUGAUGGGGAUGUUUAUAUUGAAGAUGGUGGACCGUGGUACGUACAAGAGGUGAGUAUUUUAUGUUAA